CAGUUGCUUUAAAGCCAAAUGCCUUUUUGUUGCAUAUAAAUAGCCAGCCCUGGUUAAGGCAUUAUUGAUUCAACAACCAGUAUCGAUUCGUAAAACAUCUGUGACUAGUGACCUCCUUUUGAAAAUGAAGCUUUGUGUGGCCAUUGCCAUGCUUGUCAUUCCCACAUUGGCAUCUGCCGAUAUUUUCUCGGAAUAUUCCUCAUUCCUCGAUCCCUUUGCUUCCAUACAAAAUCCAUGCCAUGACAUACAAAAUGGCCAAUUCAUUUGCAAGGACUGUGCCACUUUGGCCUUUUGUGUGCAGGAAAACGGCAACUGGAAUUCUAUGGACAUCAGCACUUGCGAUACGGGCCGUGACCUUUAUUGUGAUGAGAAUGUACGUGGCUGUGUGUACAAAAAGGAAUGCACCGGCCGUGGCCCCAAAUUCGAAUGUCAAAACUCGGGAAAAUUCCCUGAUCCCUACGAUUGCAAGCAAUACCAUGUGUGUAACGAGACCAAGCAUGACGAACGCUUUGUGUGUCCUCAGGGCAGCGCCUAUUCGCCGGCCACCAAAUCCUGCUCGCUUUCAGCCCAUGAUGACAUUUGCUAUAAGGCCCAAUACACCUGUGACAAUCCUUGGGAUAUGGCCGCUUGGCCAAGUGAUCCCAACAUUUACUACAUCUGUUGGUAUACAACUGUCGAUGGUGAAAUAGUGCGUUAUCCAUUGUUGCAUCGUUGUCCGGAUGGACAUGUGUUCAAGGGAAAUGCCUGUGUUCCGGGUGGCAAAGCUGACAGCGAUUCACAAUUGCCGGAGACAUCUUCAUCGAUAACGCCAAUGUCGACAACAACACCAUCGACAACAAGACCAACGACGACAACAGCACCAUGGACAACAACAACACCAUCAACAACAACACCAUCAACCACAACAACCAUGUCUACAUCAUGUGAUCUUGGUUCUGGACUCAAAGCUAAUGCAAAUGAUUGUUAUUCCUACUAUGUUUGCACAAGUGGCCAACUGGUCAGCAAAACUUGUCCAUCGGGCACUUAUUUCAACCCCACAUCUUUAAGUUGUACUCUUGGAGGUUGUUGAGCAUUCCGGUACAAAUUUCAGCAUUUAAUAAAAAUAUAA